AUGAGAGGAUUUGGGACUUACCUAUUUGCAAUGAGCGAACGAAUAGCAAACCAAUCAGGAGAUGGUGCCCGUGGCAUUAAGGACCCUUCUUUGGGUUGGAUCAUAGCUUUCCUCUUUGUUGUCAGCUUUCUUGGUCUCUUCUCUGUUGUUCCUCUUCGUAAGAUAAUGAUAAUAGACUUCAAACUAACAUACCCAAGUGGCACUGCGACUGCUCAUCUUAUCAACAGCUUUCAUACUCCUCAAGGGGCAAAGCUAGCCAAGCAACAAGUGCGUGUGUUGGGGAAAUUCUUCUCCUUGAGCUUCUUCUGGGGUUUCUUCCAAUGGUUCUUUACUGCAGGUGAUAAUUGUGGGUUUAAUAGUUUCCCUACUUUUGGACUCACAGCGUACCAAUACAAGUUCUACUUUGAUUUCUCUGCAACAUAUGUGGGUGUUGGUAUGAUAUGCCCAUACAUUAUCAACAUAUCUCUUCUAUUGGGUGGGAUUCUCUCUUGGGGACUAAUGUGGCCUCUCAUUGAAACCAGAAAGGGAGAUUGGUUCCCUUCUAACGUUGACUCAAGCAGCAUGAACGGUCUCCAAGCUUACAAGGUGUUCAUAGCUGUUGCCAUGAUCCUAGGAGAUGGUCUAUACAACUUCUGCAAGGUGUUGACCCGAACCCUUUCAGGACUAUUUUCGCAGAUCCGAGGUAAAGCUGGUUCGAGAACCUCUGUAUCACGUGAAGAAGAAGCUCCUGCUUCGCCAUUGACCCCAAGGAUAUCUUAUGACGACCAACGUAGAACAAGAUUCUUCCUUAAAGACCAAAUACCUUCAUGGUUUGCUGGUGGAGGCUAUGUGGUGAUAGCUGCAGUAUCUACAGCUAUACUCCCUCAGAUGUUUGCUCAGCUGAGAUGGUACUACAUUAUUGUUAUCUAUGUCUUUGCCCCUAUCUUAGCUUUCUGCAAUGCUUAUGGAGCCGGUCUCACUGAUUGGUCACUAGCAUCAACCUACGGAAAACUCGCCAUAUUCACAAUCGGAGCAUGGGCUGGUUCAGACCAUGGAGGUCUUCUUGCAGGCUUAGCGGCUUGUGGAGUCAUGAUGAACAUUGUAUCUACAGCUUCAGACCUGACGCAGGAUUUCAAGACCGGGUACCUAACAUUGUCAUCUCCAAGGGCCAUGUUCGUGAGCCAAGUGAUUGGAACAGCGAUGGGAUGUCUGGUUUCCCCCUGCGUGUUCUGGCUUUUCUACAAGGCGUUUGAUGAUCUCGGCCUCCCAAGCAGCGAAUACCCUGCACCGUUUGCUACUGUGUACAGAAGCAUGGCGAAGCUCGGGGUUGAAGGUGUUUCGUCUCUACCAAGAGACUGUCUUGUUCUGUGUUAUGCGUUUUUCGGCGUAGCCAUCCUAAUAAACCUGAUAAAAGACGGUCUUGGGGACAGAUGGGGAAGGUUUGUUCCUCUUCCCAUGGCAAUGGCUAUACCGUUUUUCUUAGGGCCUUACUUUGCAAUCGACAUGUGCGUGGGGAGUUUGAUUUUGUUUGUCUGGGAGAGGUUAGAUGCACCAAAGGCUGAAGCUUUUGCGACAGCAGUGGCUUCUGGUUUGAUAUGUGGAGAUGGGAUCUGGACUUUACCAAGCUCAGUGCUUGCUAUAGCUGGAGUUAAACCUCCUAUUUGCAUGAAGUUUCUCUCAUCUGCAACUAAUCACAGAGUGGAUAAGUUCCUCAAAGGAUCCUCUUAG